UAUGAAAUAUUAAGGGCUCCCUCCCACUGCUGAAGCCCUGGCUUCGAGUCCCUUAGAUCUGCACGAGCCGGCUUCCAGGUGCGGAACAAACGCCACAGCAAGUAGGGUGGAAGCACAGUGAAUACCAACGUCACUCGAACCGGCGUCUUUCACAAGGGCCUACUUGCGGUGAAAUACUGUGAAAGCAGGGUUGAAGAGGAAACAACGUAGAGCACACUCGGGCAGAAAUGAGCACACACCGAGCGUGGCCGGCAGGAAGUAGGGCUUGGCUGUUUUCCGAGAGCAAGAGGACGUCCUACAAACGCGGGGAAAAAGCUUGUGGGCUGCGGUUUGGGGCCCGCCUGCCUAGUGACUCGAGGGUGUGAGGGUGCGCAUGUGUACGUCGCUCGCCGGGUGAAGGCAGCACCACCUCCACCACAUGCGUCCAGACCGGAGCCUCACUCCCCGUGCCUCCAGGAAGCUCUCAGGCUACAAUGCUCCAGGACCCGAAAAUAACUACACAGAUGCGAGGAAGAAGGCCAAGGCCCAGGGCCGUACUCCCCACCCUUUUUAUCGCUGCUAGCAAAAACGCUCGAAACCCAGCCUAGCGCCAACCCUUUAUAGCCAGUCCCCCGAGCCCCGCCUUAGCAACUGCUCCUAGCAACGUCAGGCCCUCCAGCUCAGCAGCCUUAUCCGCCUCAGCCAGGUCUUUCGCGUUCCCUCCCCGGCCCGGCCAGCCUCACGUGACAGCCCCAGGCGAAGGGAGGGGCUCGCAUGGACGGGCGGGGCGGGGCGCCGGAAGGCGAGUGUGGCGUCAUCCGGGAGCGACCGGUGUGUAGUCACCGUGCCGAGCGUUUCCGUCGCUUUGUGGGUUCCCGAGUAGGUGAAAAUGGAGGAAACAGGGCCGCUUGUGUGGAUUCGCGGCCCCGGCUGCAGCUGCAAGGCAGUGUACUGUACCCCGGCUCGGUUCUCCGUAGGAGACGUUAUCCACCGACACUGCCAGCAUCUGGAUGUACCUGUGGAAUGCUUCUUUGUGAAGUGCAACGGAGCACUUAUUAGCACCAGUGGCCCAGUACAGCAUGGAGCUGUUUAUAGUCUGGAACCUAGACUUCGUGGUGGGAAAGGAGGUUUUGGAUCUAUGCUCCGAGCACUUGGUGCUCAGAUUGAGAAGACAACCAAUCGGGAAGCUUGCCGCGACCUUAGUGGAAGGAGAUUGCGAGAUGUCAAUCAUGAAAAAGCAAUGGCUGAAUGGGUUAAACAGCAAGCUGAGCGGGAUGCUGUGAAGGAGCAAAAGCGCCUGGAGCGGCUGCAGCGGAAGCUUGCAGAACCCAAGCACUGCUUCACUAGCCCUGAAUACCAGCAGCAAUGCCAUGAGAUGGCUGAGCGCCUGGAGGAUUCUGUCCUCAAAGGUAUACAAGCUGCCUCCAGCAAAAUGGUAUCAGAAGAAGUCAGUGAGAAUCGAAAACGGCUUAACAAAUCACAAACAGACCAAGGAGUCAGUGCAAAGAAAAAGAAAUGCUUUUGGUUGGGCAUGGAAGGACUGGAGGCUGCUGGGGGAUCCAGCUCUGAGAGUUCGGAUGGUGACAAUGAAGAAGUACCUAGUACUUCGGGAAUGAGCUUCUCCACUCCAAAAAACAGCAGGAAUUGUAUUGAAGUGACAGCCAAAUUUCCCAGCGGUGCUCAGAGGGCAAGAGAAUUGACUGAAGACUCUGAAUCAUCAGAAAAACAGCAGAGCACUGUAACUGAUCCUAAGAGGGGUAUUUCAGAAGACUUACGUGCUGAGCUGGGACAGACAUCUGCUGAGGAGCACAGACAAGAAAAGGUGGUUAGAGGAACAGAGGUGACCCAAGAGAGAAAGAAGGCAGAGCGUCAAGAAUCCAAAGAAAAAGUAGAAGCCGGGACUGGACUUAAAAUGGAUAAAGAGACAAAAGAAAUGAUUGAUGGAGAAAGAGCUGACAAGAUAGCUUCUGGAGAAGUUAGGAGAAACAUCCCCAUUUCAAAAGUAGCGGAAACCCCAUCAGGAAGCAGAGUUCUUAUUGAAGACGGUCUGGAUUUGCUAGUGUUCAGCUCUGUGGCUGAGCUGGAGCUGCUGGGCUUGGAGAAGCUGAAGUGUACACUGAUGACCCUGGGCCUGAAGUGUGGGGGUACACUACAGGAGCGCGCAGCCAGGCUCUUCUCUGUCAGAGGGUUGACAAGGGAGCAGAUCGACCCGGUGUUAUUUGCUAAGCCUUCAAAAGGGAAGAAGAAAUGAACUCAUCAGAGUGGAUUUCCUAUGUGUAGCCUCUUGGACUCAUGACCAAUAUUCCUAUUGAUAUUAAAGGCUCAUUUUUUUACUAAUCCAGUUCUAACUAUCCUCUUUGUUAUUUAUAAAAUUGAUGUGUGAAACCCUCUGAGCCUGAAGUUAUCUUUGUAGGAAGCUUUUUUAUGAUUAAUAUCUUAAAUAUAGGGCUAUUCAAAAUUUUAUUUCUUGUUAACUUGAGACAGGGUCUCACUAUGUAGUCCAGGCAGGCCUUAAACUGUACCUGAGUCUGACAUUCAAUUUAUGACCUAUCUUCCUGCCUCAUCCUCCUGAAUGGUGGGUUUCAGGCAUGUGCCACCAUGCUUGG